AGUUAUAUUAGAGCCAAUCGAAUCAAAUAUGCGAUUGAUUGCUUUGAUAGAAUGAUAGAGCUUGAGUUGUAUCCUUGUGUUACGUGUAUGAAUAUUCUUUUAGCAGAAUUGGUUAGGAGAAAAAUGAUUGUGAAUGCACGGGAGUUGUAUGAUAAAAUGGUUUUGAGAGGAAUGGGAGGUGAUCGUGCCACUCUGCGUGUGAUGAUGCAUGCUUGCUUGAAAGAGGGGCAACCAAAUAAGGCAGAGGAGUACUUUAGAGAGGCGAGGGCAAGAGGGAUAGAACUUGAUGCAGCAUCCCAUGGUGUUGCUAUUCAGGCUGUUUGUAGCAAACCCAAUUUACGUUUGGCUCUGGAGUUGUUGAAGGAAAUGAGAGAAAUGGGGUGGGUUCCUUCCGUGGGUACGUUUACUAGCGUCAUCAAGGCUUGUGUGAAGCAAGGGAAUAUGGUUGAAGCCCUAAGGAUUAAGGAUGAAAUGGUAAGUUGUGGGAACUCAAUUAAUUUGGUUGUUGCAACAAGCUUAAUGAAGGGUUAUUGUGUGCAAGGGAAUUUGGAGAGUGCUUUGGAUUUGUUCAAUAUAAUUAUAGAGGAUGGACUUAGUCCAAAGAAGGUUAUGUAUGCAGUUCUUAUAGAAUACUGCUGUCAUAAUGGGAAUAUGGAAAAGGCUUAUGAGCUUUACAUCCAGAUGAAAAACAUGGAUAUUUUGCCUGAUGUCUUCAUUGUAAAUAAUUUGGUACGUGGAUUUUUGAAAUAUCGGUCACUGGAAGAUGCGUGUAAGUUGUUUGAUGAGGCAGUUGAGUGUAGCGUUGCUAAUGUUUUUUUGUAUAAUAAUCUCUUAUCAUGGCUUUGUGGGGAGGGUAAAGUAAGUGAAGCUUGUAGUUUAUGGGAUAAGAUGGUGUAUAACGGUGUGGUACCUAAUCUAGUAUCCUACAACAGCAUGAUACAUGGCUAUUGCAGAAUAGGGAAUAUGGAGCGUGCACACAGUGUAUUUUUGGAGUUGCUUGAGAGAGGUUUGAAACCUAAUGUCUUCACUUAUUCUAUUUUGAUAAAGGGCUAUUUCAGGAAAGGUGAUAUAAAGCGUGCCCUUGAUGUCUUUAACGAUAUGGUGGCUGCAAAGAUAACUCCCACAGAAUUCACAGUUAACAUUGUCAUUGAUGGCUUGUGCAAAGCUGGUCGUACAUCUGAGGCAAGUGAUAGGCUAAAUAAAAUUGUUGAGAGGGGUUUCGUUCCUGGAUGUAUGAGUUACAAUAAUAUUAUAGAUGGGUUUAUCAAGGAGGGUGCCAUGAAUUCCGCACUGGCUGUAUAUAGAGAAAUGUGUGAAGGUGGAGUCUCUCCAAAUGUUGUCACUUACACCAGCUUUGUUAAUGGGUUUUGCAAAAGCAAUCAAAUUGAUCUUGCUUUGCAAAUGUGGAAUGAUAUGAAAAAGAAGGGUAUUAAAUUGGAUGUUACUGCAUAUUGUGCCCUCAUUGAUGGGUUUUGCAAAAGGCGAGACAUGGGAACUGCCAGUCAACUUUUCUCAGAACUCCUUGAAGUUGGUUUAUCUCCAAGUACAGCUGUUUACAGUAGCAUGAUUUGGGGCUUCCAGAAUUUAAAUAACAUGGAAGCGGCUCUUGACUUGCACAAGAAGAUGAUAAGUGAAGGUAUUCCCUGUGAUUUGAAAGCAUACACUACACUAAUUGAUGGCUUGCUAAAAAGGGGUGAGUUACAAGUUGCAACAGAUCUCUACUCAGAGAUGCUUCAGAAGAAAAUUGUACCUGAUAUCAAGACGUAUACAGUUCUGAUAAAUGGUCUUUGCAACAAAGGACAGCUAGAGAAUGCACGCAAGAUCUUGGAAGACAUGAAUAAGAGGAGUACGACUCCUAGUGUUCAUAUUUAUAGUACUUUGAUUGCUGGGAACUUCAAGGAGGGGAAUUUGCAAGAGGCUUUUAGGUUGCAUGAUGAGAUGCUUGACAGAGGCCUUGUACCUGAUGACAUUACUUAUGAUAUUCUUGUAAACGGAAAGUUCGAAGGAGCAAAUGCUCUUGUUGGAACUUCAUGUGCCUAGACAUUUUUGGUUAUUGUUUCAACAUGCUUCAGGCCUUUGUUUGUUUCUCUGGUGAGAAAUGUAUUAUCAUCUGGACUAUUGAUUGUUGGAAGUCUUUCACAUCUCCCCGGGAAAAUAUGUGCCAGAUUUGACUUUUAUCCUUAACAUACCUCAUAAUUUUUUUUUUCUCUUCAUAAGAAUCAUAACCUACAAUAAGGCAUCUCUGUAUUGUGCAGCAUGUCCCU